CUGCCUUGCAGUCUGGGCGGCCAGGAGCCAUGGGGUCGAUUCCCAGAAUUCCAGGGUCAGGACGGCUGGGGGCAGGGCCAGGUGCCGGACAAACAGUUCAAAGGUGAGGAGGCUGUGCGAAGGCAGAGCAGGCCCGGCCAGCAGGACCGGCACACCAUGAGGCUGCUGAUCCUCCUGGGCCUGCUGUGGGGCUCGGCGGCCGCGCCCCAGGGCCUGCCGUGGCCCAAGCCCGUGUUCGGGCGCCUGGCGUCCCCGGGCUUCCCGGAGAAGUACGCCAACGACCAGGAGCUGCGCUGGAACCUGACGGCGCCACCAGGCUACCGCCUGCGCCUCUACUUCACCCACUUCCACCUGGAGCUGUCCUACCUCUGCGAGUACGACUUCGUCAAGCUGAGCUCGGGACCCACGGUGCUGGCCACGCUGUGCGGCUGGGAGAGCACUGACACGGAGCGGGCCCCGGGCAACGACACCUUCUACUCGCCGGGCAACAGCCUGGAGGUGACCUUCCGCUCGGACUACUCCAACGAGAAGCCGUUCCGGGGCUUCGAGGCCUUUUACGCAGCCGAGGACAUCGAUGAGUGCCAGGUGGCCCCCGAAGAGGCGCCGCCCUGUGAGCACCAUUGCCACAACCACCUGGGCGGCUUCCACUGCUCCUGCCGGGCGGGCUUCGCUCUCCACCAGAACAAGCGGACCUGCUCAGCCCUGUGCUCAGGCCAGGUCUUCACCGCGCGGUCUGGGGUGAUCAGCAGCCCCGAAUACCCACGGCCGUACCCCAAACUCUCCAGUUGCACCUACAGCAUCCGCCUGGAGGAGGGGUUCAGGGUCAUCCUGGACUUCGUGGAGUCCUUCGACGUGGAGACGCACCCCGACGUCCAGUGCCCCUACGACUCCUUCAAGAUUCAAACAGACACGGGGGAACACGGCCCCUUUUGUGGGAACACACUGCCCCCCAGGAUUGAAACCAAGAGCAACUCCGUGACCAUGACCUUCACUACCGACCAGUCGGGGGACCACCGGGGCUGGAAGGUGCACUACAGCAGCACGGCUCAGCCUUGCCCUGAUCCGGUGGCGCCACCUAAUGGCCACGUCGUACCUGUGCAGGACAAGUACAUCCUGAAAGACAGCUUCUCGGUCGUCUGCGAGACUGGCUAUGAACUUCUGCAAGGUCAUUUGCCCCUGGAAUCGUUUGCUGCAGUCUGUCAAAAAGACGGAUCUUGGGACAAACCGAUGCCGGAAUGCAGCAUUGUUGACUGCGGCCCUCCCGAGGACCUGCCCCACGGCCGGGCGGAGCACGUCACAGGCCCCGACGUGACCACGUACAAGGCCGAGAUUCGGUACCGCUGCACCGGGGCCUUCUACACUGUGAGGACAGAUGACGGUAAAUACGUGUGUGAGGCUGAUGGAUUCUGGACGAGCUCCAAAGGAGAAAAAUCACUCCCAGUCUGUGAGCCUGUUUGCGGAAUGUCUGCCCGUACCGGAGGAGGUCGGAUAUAUGGAGGGCAAAACGCAAAGCUGGGUGAUUUCCCUUGGCAAGUCCUGCUAUUAGGUGACACGACCGCAGCAGGUGCACUUCUGCAUGACAACUGGGUCCUGACAGCCGCCCAUGCGGUGCACGGGCACAGAGAAGACGCCUCCUCCCUGCACAUCCGUAUGGGCACGCUGAAGAGGCUGUCCCCUCACUACACUCAAGCCUGGGCAGAGGCCGUGUUUGUGCACGAAGGCUACACCCACGGCGCCGGCUUCGACCACGACAUAGCAUUGGUUAAACUGAAGGACAAAGUCGUAAUCAAUAGCAACAUCAUGCCUAUCUGCCUGCCAACAAAAGCAGCCGAGGCCUUCAUGAGGACAAAUGACACUGGAACUGCAUCUGGAUGGGGACUGACGGGCAGGGGUCUCCCUGCCAGAGGCCUGAUGUACGUGGACAUACCAGUAGUUGACCAUCAGAAAUGCGCCGCUGCCUACGCAAAGGAGCCCCACCUAGGGGCGCGGGUGACUGAUAACAUGCUGUGUGCCGGCCUGGAGUGCGGGGGCAAGGACAGCUGCAGAGGUGACAGCGGAGGGGCCCUAGUGUUUCUAAACAAUGACACACACAGGUGGUUUGUGGGAGGAAUAGUGUCCUGGGGUUCUAUCAAUUGUGGGGAAGCACAAUCAUAUGGUGUCUACACAAAAGUCACUAACUACAUUCCCUGGAUCAAGAAAAUAAUCAGUAACUUUUAAUUUGUAUGUCUUCAGUUAGUUAUUAAAAACAAACCUGUAAAAGA